UUCAUUGUAAUUUAGUGGGUAAUUUGUGGUGGUUUGUGAAUAUAACCCUUCACAUCCAUUCUAUGCCGACUACCUAACAAAUUGUAUCUCCUUACAAAAGAUCUCCCAAACAUUGCGGUGCGAUCAGAUUACUGUCAAAGCUACCUGUCCAUAGGCUAUUUAGUUUUACUGAUACGUAUAAGAGGGACAUAUAAGAGGGUGGUUAACCUAAAAAAAUCUUGUACACUCGGCUUAACUAUCACCAUUGUAUAUAUAACUAACCAGGAUUAUCUCUAAUCGGGUAGAAAUGACAGAGAACGGAUCAACAAAUGGAUCUGAUUCCGAUUCACCGCUGACUAAAGAGGAAGUUAAUGCCAUUCAUGAGACUUGGGCCCUUGUUUGGAGUGACAAGAAAAAUAAUGGAAUAGAAUUUUUUGUAAAAUUUUUCACCCAAUUUCCUGAAGCACAAGAUAAAUUCAAAGACUUCAAAGGAUUAACAAUUGAAGAAGUGAAAGCACAUAAAAAAUUACGUGCGCAUGCGUUAUCGGUUUUCUAUGCUAUAAAAUCAUAUAUUGACCAUCUAGAUGAUCUCGAAACGCUGACAGAGUUAAUUCGGAAGAAUGCGCGGAAUCAUGUAGAUAGAAAUGUUGGUGGAAAAGAAGUGAAGUGGCUUGUUCCUCCAUUCGUUGAACUUCUUGAAGAAAAGACGAAUGGAAAAGUGACAGAACUACAUAAAACUGCAUGGACAAAAGUAUUUGAUGUCAUUGCCUCAAUAUCAGAUGAAGAAGUUGAAAAAGCAAAAUAAACAGAUAAAUAGCUGCAUUUUGUAUGUAGUGUUAAAGUUUUUCAGGUUCCUAGACAUUAACCGAAUAUGAUAACUGAAUGUGACGGUUGAACGACUCCUGUAAUUAAUUCAGGGUGAAAGGUGAAGGUUUGCGUAAAUCAAUUAUGCCAAUCGAUGAAAAAUAAACAAGGAGAUUUUACUAAAAUUGCACUAUAAUGCAUAUGAGUCGCGUUCAAAGCAGUAUAAUCGUAUUAUCCAUAGCUACCGAUAAUGUGUUCUGUUUGUAUUAGUCUGUUUUGUUUGUUUGUUUGUGAUUGAUUAUAUGCGUCGUUGUUUUAUUGGCCUCUGACUUCCGGCUUUGUUUUAUUAUAUUGGACUUUUAAGUAAUAAGGUUAUCUUACAGGAGUUUAUCUAUUUAUAAACUCGGCAGACUCACUCGCAACCGAAAUCAAUGAUGUCUAGAGAACCUUUAUUAAUGUUAAGUUUGGGAGUAAAAGUUUUUACAUCAAUAAACUCCCAAAAAUCAUAUAAACGUUACUAAUAAUUCCCCAAGAAAUGCUCAAAAAAUUAUGUCAACUCAAAUAUUUCAUGAACAGUUACAGAACAUUUUGUUUGAAUAAUAAUGCAUACACGUGACGUCAUGACACGAAUUUAUACGUUUAUAAACCUGUUUGUUGCCAUAACGUCCAUCAAUGAAAUAAGACUUAAACAUAUAACAUUGGAUUUAUUUCUUUUUACGCAACACCUGUUGCAAAAUUCAUCGGGAACUCUCAAGAGUCAAAAUGAGAAAAUAACAAAAAAUCUCAAACGUUGUACAUCUACGAUUAAUGCUACAAACAAAGGUUGGCAUAAUCAUCCCAUAUAAUGAACAUAACAUAAUAAUUAUUGUCAUAUGAACAAAACGGAUAAUGUACUAUUGAACUGGUCAUUAUGGAAACUGGCAUAUUUGAUAUUUUUAUUAUAAUUACCUCUUGUAUAUAUAAUGUGUAAAUGAGAUAUGUUUUAUAUGAAUGUAUUAUAUUAUAUUUGUUAUUGAUAUGUUGUAUUAACAAUAUUUUAUAUGACUUUGGAAAUAAAUCAAUAUAUUAUCGUUAA